AUGAGAUGGCGACGCGCCCCGCGCCGCUCCGGGAGGACCGGCCCCCGGGCCCAGCGCCCCUGCCCCGCCGCCCGCUCGCCGCCGCCGCUGCUGUGGACCGCGAUCCUGGCGCCUGAGGCGGCCGCCAGCGACGAGGUGGCUCCCGCGGGGGCCUCGGUGUGCUACGAGUCCCCGCCCAGCGUGGGCUCGGUGCAGGAGCUGGCUCAGCGCGCCGCGGUGGUGAUCGAGGGAAAGGUGCACGCGCCGCGGCGGCAGCAGGGGGCACUCGACAGGAAGGCGGCGGCGGCGGCGGGCGAGGCAGGGGCGUGGGGAGGCGAGCGCCAGCCGUCAGCCGCGGGCCCGGGAGCGCUGCCCGCCGCCAACGGGACCGUGUCCCACUGGCCCGCGGGCCCCGCGCCCAGCGCCGCCGAGCCCGGAGACGAGGCGCCCUAUCUGGUGAAGGUGCACCAGGUGUGGGCGGUGAAAGCCGGGGGCUUGAAGAAGGACUCGCUGCUCACCGUGCGCCUGGGCGCCUGGGGCCACCCCGCGUUCCCCUCCUGUGGGCGGCUCAAGGAGGACAGCAGGUACAUCUUCUUCAUGGAGCCCGAUGCCAACAGCAGCGGCCGCGCGCCGGCCGCCUUCCGAGCAGCCUUCCCCCCUCUGGAGACGGACCGGAACCUCAAGAAGGAAGUCAGCCGGGUGCUGUGCAAGCGGUGCGGAGUUGCUGUUAAGGGCAGCCGUGAGGGGCUUUUUCCUCUGAAGGAGGAAAGGGUUAUGUACUUUAAAGUACGAUACCGCGUGAAACUUUAA